AUGAAUCUUUAUGGUGAUCCUCGACUUCUGGGUCCUUUGGUCAAUACUAAUUUUCAACAUUUACUUGGACACAAUUUGAAUGGUUCAUUUCUCUAUGGGAAUCGCAGUUUUUGGCCAUUCCACAAUCAAUCUCAUCACGAUCAACAAUUACUUCCAAUAUUGAAUCCAGAGCGAAACUUUUUUGACUUUCAUCCGACAAAUCAAGGCUUAUCAACUGAUAAAUUAACGGAAAGUUGUGAUUCCAAUAGACAACAGAGGCGAAGUCGAACCGCCUUUUCCCAUCAUCAAUUACAAGUAUUGGAAGCUACUUUCAAUAAAGUUCAAUAUCCUGAUUUAACAGCUCGAGAACAGCUUUCAUUGAUAAUUCAAUUACCUGAGUCUCGUAUCCAAGUUUGGUUUAAAAAUAGGAGAGCAAAGUUUCGUAAAUCAAUGAAAAAUCGGCCAAUAUUAGCUAAUAACGAGAAGGAUUCUCAGCGAUCAAAUUCAUCAACAAAACCUCAUAAUCAAUCAUCAACAAACCUCUCUACCUUAACAUCAUCAAUAGAUGUCUCAUCUUCAUUUGAAAAUGAUCUCUUCCUCAAGAAAUCACCUUAAUUCACAUCAUGUAAUUCUUUGCUCGUAAUCUUUUUUGAUCUGUUCUUCUUCAUGACUAUACAUCUAAUUAUUAAGCUUUAAAGUUCCUAAUUAAAGUAAUUAUUAAACCACAAUUUGAUUAA